AUGGACCUUCGGAUUCCUACUCAAAAGAUCGAGAUCGUCCGCAAACCAGCGCCAAACUGCCCCAAGGUCAAUGGACAGCUUAAGCUGCAAUUCCGUGCCAUAUUUCUUCGCGAGAAAAAGGGCACUGAGACCGAUUUUGUUCUUACCGAAAGGGAUAUGGAACACAUUGCGCGCCUGAUAUGGGCUGUCCAGUUCCCAUAA